AUGGCCAAAUUGUCCGUGAUCCCAAGGUGCUGCGGCCUCGUUGGCUGUCCAACGCUGGAAAAGAAAAACCAAAAGAGCGGUGAAGCGGCCAGCGUCACGUCGUUUGGCGGUGCUGGCCAAUACAUCCGUGAAGAUGAAACCAAGUCGAAUUCAAAGGCCAAAAGGAGAACCCAAAACGAAACGAUUGAGUCUCCUAGUGCCCGACAUUUCCCUAGAUCCAGGGCGAUCGGGACUUUCCCGCGUCAUCGGGGAGCUGGCGAUGUUUUCCCAGGCAAGAAUCCUCUUCGAGAGUUUGGGAUUGAUUCGAGAAAAGGCGUGCUGCUGCUUCCACGGCCGCGGAAACAGCAGGAAGCCAACGGGCAGAGCAGAGAUGCAGGCCUGGCAGCAUCCCUUUUGCCGUCUCACCGGGAGAGCUGCCUCCAUCUGAUGCGCUUCGAUUGGGGGAAACACACCAGGAUCUUAUCCACUCUUCCUGAGCGUUCGUGGGGCCUGAUCUUACGCUGGAAACGCUACCCAGUGUUUGUUUGGUUCUACGGAAUACGGCAGAUUGAAUUUGAAAAAACUGCUGUUGAAUUGGGCCAAACGGAACGAACAACAUGGGAAAGAUGCCUGUGGACCAGAUGGAUUCAGUCUCGGUGUGGCGGCACGGUGACCCAUGGGUCGGCCUCGAGGUUUCCGCCUCUGAUCCUCGGGAGUGGCACUAUGCUUCUUGAUGUUUUUGCUCCUGAUUCCAAAUGGGAUGCAUCCUCGGAUGGAACUCAUGAAGUGUGCACAGGAGCAAAAGGAUCCAAACCUGGAGGUGAAAAAAUUACCGAGGCUUGCAUCGUGGAGUUUUUGCGCACAACGAAUCCAGCUGCAUUCAUGGAGCCCAGCUGGGAUGAGGAUUCGCCGUCCGGCAUGGUUCCCUUGAAAAGCAACGACCCUGACUUGCCACAUGGGAUGAGCUCCGAUGAUGUCUUUGCCGUCUUGGUUGUUAACUUGUUCCUGAAUCCCAUCUCUCGGGCUGUUCAGAAAGGGGGCCAGGGCCCGGAUCAGGGGUCGUUGUUCAGCAGCAGCAGCAAUACAGUGGCUGGACGAGACUUUCGGACAUCUCUUUCGGACCUGCUUGAUUCGCAUCAGAUCGACGAACGCCAUGUUUCAGAGUCCAAUGCCACGCGAGAUGGUUUCGGCGCGGAGCCUAUCAGUGCUGGCAUUAACGAGUUAUCCUCAAGUGUUAGUGUCAGAAAGCCACGCAACUCUAGGUCCCCAGGUUCUGUCUCCAAAGCCUUUUGCGCAGCACGUGCAACGUUGAGAUUUGUCGACAGGCAAUCCCUGCUGGGACUGACACCAAACAGUUCUACAGACAGGCACAUGGACGACCCUGGCCUGCAGUACAGUAACCCCCUCCCAUUGAACGGCCAGCAGAGGGAUCUGAGUUUUGAUGGACGGGAACGGGAGCAUCGUGCGUCUGCACUUGACGGAUCCUCCUAUGCAGCGGUUCUCCCGCAGCUGCAUAUCUAUAGGACGGGUUGCGGCGGACGCUACCAGCCCUACAUCCAGAGGGCCACUCGUGGACAAAGGAAAAUGAGGGAGUACCGGUUUCAUAAUUCUCUCAGCGGCUCGAGGCAUGGUUUCAUUGUCGUUGCUGGUCGCUGCACCGUCUUUGGAAAUGGAGUUGGGCUACCGUCGAGGAAGUCUGGGGUCAAGAGACGGGUUGAGAAGCGAAGGAGACAAAGAGGUGAGGAGUAUUGCUCCUCCUAUCCGAUGUUAUCCUCGAUGAAACUAGCUGAAGGAGCAGCUCCUAGGAAUAUGCGCAUCAUGAUAUUGGCUUUCACCACUCUUGCACUGGGGAGAUGGCCAGUAACGUCGCACAGGACCUCGAGCUAA